AAUAUGUUCCGUUAAUCUCUUCGGUUACUAAAACUAACACUCCCAAUAUUUAGAAAUAGUUAAGCACAAAACAGACAGCAAUGUCAACAUUUCCUCGAUCGUACCCGAUGAGCGGUGGUGAUGAUCAACACAGUUACAACAAUAAUUCGUCAUAUCAAAAAGCAGCUAUAAAUAGCGUUGGAGAAAAGACAAGGCAAUGCAUCAUAGAAAAGCUCGAUCUCCCUCUGAAUUCUGAUCUUGGUACUUUUAGAAUUGCCGAUUAUGGUUGUUCCAUUGGACCUAACACGUUUCAUGUUGUUCAAAGCAUCAUUGAUGCUGUGAAAUUCAAACAACUGGAGGGCAAAAACGAAACAAGCCUUAUGCCUCUCGAAUUCCAGGUGUUCUUCAACGAUCAACCCAACAAUGACUUCAACACACUCUUUAUAACCCAACCUCCUUCAUCUGAGCGGGAAUAUUUCUCGGCCGGAGUUCCAGGGUCCUUCCAUGGCCAAGUGUUACCAAGGAACACCGUCCACAUUGGACACACUUCUUACACGACUCACUGGCUUUCCGAUGUUCCCGAGAACGUAGAUGACAAGAACUCUCCAGCUUGGAACAAAAAUUACAUUCAAUGUAAUAAUUCAAUCGAAGAAGUGACCAAAUCUUACAAGGUCCAGUUCACAAAAGACAUGAAGCUUUUUCUUGAAGCUAGAGCAGAAGAGAUAGUUCCAGGGGGAUUGAUGAUCGUUCUAGGACAAUGUUUACCAGAUGGUGUCCCCUUGUUAAAGACAUAUCAGGGUAUUUUGGUGGAUACGAUUGGUGAUUGUCUUAUGGAUAUGGCCAAAUCGGGACUAACGAGCGAGGAAAAGAUCGGGCUGUUCACCAUUCCUGCGUAUUUCCCACAAUUUAGUGAAUUAGAGACAGAGAUUGAGAAAAAUCGAAGCUUUACAAUUGAGACUAUGGAGAGUGUACGUCAUCCAUUGGAGUAUAUUCCGUUAUCCAACCACUUCUUGAUUUCCAUGUUUAGAGCUAUUCUCAGCACGAUCAUAAAAGAACAUUUCGGAGAAGAUGUGAUUGAUGAGCUAUUUGAUCGGGUUGCUAAGAAACUCGCCAAGUACCCGAUUGAUUUUAAAGAGUGCGAGAAAAAUGUGACCUACUUUAUAUUGCUCAAGCGAAAAUGAAUAUGUGAGAUAUUAAAAUAAUGUUAUUAACCAGAUUAUGGAUGUCUAAUCUUCUAUAUAAGGAACCUCUAUGUUAUG